UUGACAACAUUCUACGAGCAGGAUCUGUUACAGGACAGAAAAUGAGGCGUUUAAAGUUCUUUGGUGUCCUGGUCAUUGUUAUCAAUUUAAAAGGGAGUAUUGGCUCAUUGGAGUACCACGUUGACUGGGCAACAGCGUCUAUACAUUGCAAAGCAAAAUAUGACUCGCAUUUGAUACCACAAAGCUACAUAGAAGACCAAAAUCUUCACGGUGACGUUAUAACUGGAAUUGGAGUGAACAUGUCAGCAUGGGUUGAUGGAAAAAUUCAGAAGAUCGGAUGCGAUCAGGAGAAGUGUUUACUGAUGAAAAGUUUGCUUGAGAAGGACGUCAGAAAAAUGCCAUAUAUUUGUGUUACCUCCAAAAAUAUAGAAAUAAAUUUGACGGAUGUGUCAUUCAAGACUUCUUCGAAAUUAUGUAAGUUCAAGAAAGUAACAAUCGAAGACAGCUUGCAAAGAAAUGGAUUGUUGUCUAGCCUUAACGAGCUCUCUGAAAUGCCUUCAACGUCGAAAACUUUUUGGCUCCCAAAUGUUGAACUGAGCAACAACACAGAUGCAAACUGCACCUUUGUCUCUUCUCGUACGAGCAACUUCCUUGAAACAAUGUACGGCAACUGCAGCAUUCGAAAAAUGGGCGUGUGUAUCAACUCUACAUACUUGGUGGAUUACGAAAUGUCGGUGAUAUUGGAAAUAAAUUUGAAACAAAUGCCAUUAUUAAAAUCGGAUGGUAUAUGGACAACUAAAGAUAUUCUAAAAACAAAAGGGGAAGAAGGAAAAGAAUCUACGUUCAAAAUCCAAAGUCAACAAGGAAAAAUACCAAGUGCAAAGACUUUGAAUGACUCAGAUGUACACAUCCAAGAUUUGCCAAGAGAGACUGUUGUAGCAACGAAUGGUCAAAUUCAUGGCUCGCCCAAAUAUAUUGGCAAGAAAGAUUCGGAGAACUUUUCUGCUUUAGUUUCCUUUAUCCUUAGCAGUUUAAGUUUGGUCCUGGUUAUAACCUUUAUGUGCGUCGGGAUGGUCAUUUGGAAAAGGAUGUCACAAAGGCUGGACGUCCUGAUGAAAGACCAUAGUAGCUUUACAGAUGAGAAAGCUUCCACAAAAAGCACAAGAAAACGCAAAACAACAUUUCAGAAAAAAGUGUACGAGACCCUUCCCCCAGAGACAACUCAGGGUCACGGUCACUCUACCCGUGUCAAGGACAUGCCCAGAGAGGAAGAAAAUCCCUACUCUCAGAUUGCUGGCAGAGGUUUGUGCCGUUACCAUAUUAAUUCUGGAAUAGUUGGACAAGCAGAAGCAGACGUGAAUGAAUCUCAAUGUUUAUACUUCAUUAGUUUUAGAAUAUAUGGAAAGAAGAGGAUGCAGCUGAUUCUGUGUUUUCACAGUUUGCUGGGCAUCUUAGCUUUUUCCAGUCUUCUGACAGAUAUACUGUGUUCACCUGAGCACUAUAUAGACUGGAGUGAGGCAUCCAAACAAUGUAAAACUAAAUAUGAAUCAGAGUUGAUAACCGAAAGGUACGUGGAGGAACAAAACCUCACGGCAGAAAUUAUCCAGGAGCUGGGAGUCAACCUGUCUGCUUGGAUCGAUGGCAAAAUACUAGAUCUUGGCUGCAAAAAUGAUAUAUGUCAAACAAUUGUAAAAAUUCACACUAAUGUGAACAUAAGGAAUCCAUCCAUAUGUGUAACUGCGGAUGGUAUCAAAAUAGAUCUGACAAACAUGACGUUCCAAGAGGCCCAGCAAUGGUGUCAACAAGAAAAAUUCGAAAUUAUAGGAAAUUUAUACAAAAAUAUUUUGCGAGACCAGGUUGCAAAGUUUUCAUAUAAACUUAAGUCACCCAUUUCCUACUGGGUUCCAAACAUCGAACUGAGGAACAAUCAAGAUGUAAAUUGCACAUAUGUGGUUUCCAGAGACAAUGAUACGUUGGAAACACUGUAUGGGAAUUGCUCUAUUCCAAUGAUGGGAGUUUGUAUCAACAAUUCAUAUAUACCAGAUUAUCAAAUGUCUGUACUUUUGGAAUUGACACCGACUAACAUCCCGGUCUUUGAAAUAAAUUAUGAAGUUAGCGAGGAAGAGGAUUAUUCCAGGGCCGAGGCGCUACAGGUCAUAGGUACAAAAGAUGAUGUCCAUGUAGAGGACCUGACCAAAAAUAACGGCUAUUGGGACUUGAAAUCAAUUCUUCCUUUUGCCAUAAGUGGAUUCAACUUGAUUCUGUUUAUGACCUUGGUUUGCGUCAUCAUUGUCCUGUGGAAAAGGAUUACAUUAAAAUGGAAACUUCUUACAAAAAGAGACAACCUUUACGAUAUGUAUGACCCAUAUAAAUCUCGAAAGAAAAUCAGGGAUUACCAAGGAUUGCCAGUAAUGGCCUCUGGCAACUCCACACGCGUCAAAAUGGUACCGGAAGUGGACGAAAAUCCUUAUUCCGAGAUUUACGGAAAGGAAAGUUCCGGCUUCUCCAGAGAGAAGACAACUUCGGUAGUACCAAACCAUGCUGAAGGAUAUAUCGAUAUGAGAGGAUUGAGAAGAGACAUAAACUGCAGCUCGUUCAAGAUUGCUAAGACCCCUAGAAGGCAACUUAAUUCUGGGUAUGCCGAGUCCGGGGAGAUUGUGUAAAUUGAAAUCUGUUGGCUAAACCAACUAAGCACCAGUCUAUUUGAUGACACCCUGUCCUUUUUCGUGUAUAUGGCAGUAGAGAUCACAAAGAGUUUCCAUUGUUUAACAACUCACUAUUUCAAUGAUAAAAAUCCAAGAUGAAAAUUGCAAUCUUGUCUUAAUUUUAAUGAAACCUAUAUAUUCCUAAGAUUAAAAUUCUAUUUUGCAAUUUUUUUUGCAAAACCCUUUUCUUUAAAAGCACAAAGCUUUAAAAGGCCGAUUUUAAACAAAUUACCAAAAUUUUGGGAUUCUAAUUUUUAUCAAAAACAGGUUUUAAAAAUGAUUUUAGUUAGCAGAUGUCAAUUGAGCGAUUGAAAAGAAUAAUAAUUAUCAAAAAUAUCAAUAUGACAAACGAGAGAUAAAAACUUUUUAUUUUUUUUUUACCAGUAAUAGUACAAUAUUAGUUGGAUACGAUUAAAAAAAAACUAUUAUUUUUAAGAGAUAAUCCAAGUCUAAGAUUUAAGUUGCAUUUCAUUAGUGUAAAUGCGUCAGACAUUUUGACGGUGUUUCUAGCAGUUAUGCUCAAUGGUUGAUGAAAGGAUUCAGUACAAGGACAAAGCAAACAAGUAGGCACUUUUAACACCGAAAACGAAUAUUAAUCCUUGCAACAUAUAUGAUGAGUGAGAGUACUCAGUGCAUUGCGCCAUGAAUUGUUGCAUGGAGUUGUUACAUAAACUGAUAUUCAUGCAAAAAUGCUAUCGAAAGUUCUGAUACCUUCAGGAACUUGAGGACAUGAGCAGGACAGUUCAUAAUUUACAAAAGAUAACAGCUGUAAAUAAAUUCUGGAUCUUAAACAAGAUUUUUUUUUUAUUGAAGUUGUUUGUUAUGUCCCUUUGAAGAUUUAAUGGUAUAUUUAAUUUUUGUCUUUUUAACUAAUUUUUUGUCUGUUUAUUUAAUAACCUGGUUGUCUGUUAAUCUUUUUAUUUGACCACAAAAAUAACUUGCCGAUAUAUGUUAAAUGUUUGAUGUUAGUGAUUUCACAUUUCAUGGGUCAUUUUUCGCGAAAACAAGUUCCUUUUGGUAUCAACAUCUUAUACAUUCUUUCUUGACCUUCGGGUUUGCCCUACGUUUGAAAAAAUAUAACUAUUUUAAUAAACUAUAAUCUCAGCUAUAAUUUUAAAGACUUGAAGCACCUUGGACUUUGACUUACAUUUUAUUUGAAUGCUUUCUUCUAGAGCUCUCAUAGUUCACUUAUGCAUUCCUUGUUACAAGACAUUUCUUUUGGUAACAUUAAUAUUUUUCCUCAUGAUAUUGACCUUGUAUAAUUAGCAAAUUUGAGAUAAUCUUUAACCCUGGUCAUAUUUUGUGCAUGAUCGUUACUGGAACCCUUUUCACGCGUAUUUUCCUUGUGACAAAAUCUUUCUUUUCAUAAUCAACACUCUUUUAAUCUCUAAACCUUGAUUUUUGAAUGUAACAAAAACUCUUUCUGGCACUAGUCUGCCAUUCUUGAGCAUCAGUAUCUAACAAACAUAAUCUGAGUUUUUAAGAAAGGAAGUUUUGCCUGUUAUUUUCCCUUUAUUGUAAAAUACUUUGCAUGUUUGCUAAUUUGAAACCAUAUUGAUUUAAUUCACCAUUUUUAUUCAAUAAACAUUAGGUUUUUGGGUAGCCUUUGUAUAUAAUUUCUGCUUGUUAACACAUGUUUUUAACAAAAGAAAUAGUUUGCUAAGAUUAGCAAAAUAAAUAUUUUUACUAAAGCGAUAAACAUAACUUUUUUUUUUUGGUAUUUUUUGUACAUAAAUUAUUUCUGCUUUUUACACAUGUUUUUGACAGCAGCUAUAGUUUGCUAAGAAUUGCAAAAUGUAUAUUUUAUUAAGUUGUCUACUUUCAGUUCUUUUGAAUUUAAUUAAAUCAAAUCAAUGAGUAAAAAGUCUUUGUUUAGUAUAUUCACAGCAGCAAGUUAUGGAAGUUAUAAGGUUUGUUUUGGACCAAUUUUCCUCAUUUGAUCACGUUAUACCAUUUUAUGAGCUCUCACAAGUGUACAAAUAGUAAAGAUUAAAAAAUAUCAUAAUGCAG